AUGAUCCGCCCGCUGUCAAAAAAACACAUCGCUGUCCUGGCCUAUAAAAGAUCGGUUGAAAAAAGAACCAGCACACUAUUUGAAAGAAAAAGGUGUGAAAAAGGAAACGCUCAGAAAACGAUUGACCAGAAGAGGACACAGAGACAGACAUCAGGGGGCUUCACCAUGACUUCAACUACGUCGAUAAUUUGUAUGGUCUUUUUUACUUUUGUUGUUGGGGAGGUGGUACCGGCGGCUGUCGUUCCAGCAUCAGGCGGCAAAGAAAACUUCAUCGUCUCUCGCAUCUGCCUCGACGGCAGCCACCGAGCAGUGAAGGCCGGCCAACAGUGGCAGGAUAGGUGUAUGAAGUGCUACUGCCACCCGACCCGGGGGAGCGUCUGCGAGACCCCCAAAUGCGCCAUCCCUUACAAACCGUACCACAACAAAACAUGUUCAAAGUGGUCUGCUGAUGGUUGCUGCUGUGAAGAACUCGGGUGUCCGGCAGGGGGUACUGUUUACCAGAUCGGUCAGUCCUACCCCUUCCCUCCCGGGGACGCUUGUGGUCAGUGCUUGUGUGAGGUAGACACUGACCACCCCACUUGUACAACGAAGAUCUGCACCCCGCCUGUGUGUGUGGACAGUGUUCAUAUCAGAGGGGAGUGUUGUCGAAGAUGCCUUAGAGGGCCCAACUGCCGAUACCCUGUCCUGAGAGGAGUGGGCACUGCCACCAACCGAGCGUUACGGACCCCACUCCUUCUCAGCACCUCCAACCUCAUCCAGUCGGACGAUGACCCCCUCAUGUUCUACGAGUGUAGAUGUUUGAUUCCAGGUGGCACGGCGUUCUGUCAACCGAAACCUUUCAAAUGGAUUCGUGGAGGAUGAGCAUGCACAGACAAUGUACUUGAAGAAAUCCAGAAACUGUUACGAAAGAUGUACAAGACUCUAACCUCUGGUUAAUGAUGUGAGAUUUCUCUGAGAGAUUGUUUUUUAUAUAUUUUUAAUGUAUAAAAUAUGUGUACCUUUUAUGUAUUUACCAUAUGUAUACAAUAAAUAUUUUAAACGGA